UACUGUAUAUUGUUAUUUUUAAGUAUUAUUUCGUGUUUGCUUUUCUGCGUUCAGAGUUGCACUAACCUUCGGUUUAGGGUUUAGUUAAAUUCAUAGAUUUUAAGAAUGACUUAUUUAACCGAAAAUAUAUUAAUUAUAGUUGACAUAUUAAAUUUUCAAAAAUCAGAAUUAACAUGUUAAUUUACUUGUCGCAAACUGCUAUUCUAAAAAUAAAGCUAUUUACAAAAUUGCUUUGGUCUAGUGGUAUAGGAACUACAGCUAGGGUGUCUGUCUCUGGGUUCGAGUCUUGGCCACUGCGGAAUUUACAUAUGGGCUGCAGUAUCCGAAAUCGAAGAUCGUUACACGGUAAGCCACCUGGUGACUUUCGGGUCCAUGCUCACUUCGGUCUCUAGUCUGGACUACCACGGUGGAGCCAGAAUACUCGGUUAACAAAAAAAAAAAAACUAUUUUGUUUAUGUAUAUAAACAAAGGUCCUUGAAGUUCAGAAAGAUUUAAACAAAAUGAAAAUCUACCCUAAGAUCUUUGGCCUUCUCCAUUACAAAUCAUUUACAAGAUUCAAUAUUCAAACUUCUUUUGUACUUUAUCCGCGGAUAUUUUACUUAUGAUUGUAUAAAAAAGUUAUGCUUAUUUCUGAAUGGUGGGCUAAAUAUAUUAAUACUAUAAAUCAUGAGUGUUAACCGAGAAGUUAAAAAUCAUGACUCACGUUUAUAUCAGUAAUAAUAUAAAAUAAUGUAUAAAAGUAGUUUUAUAUAUUCUCCAUGACAAUAAUUUGAUUUCUUCAAGUAUACGUGUUGGUGCGCGAGAGGUGGUUGUGUGAAGCCGAAGCAAAACUUCUUGCUCGGCUAAGCGUAAUAUAAUAAAACCAACAAAAAGGGUUAUGACAUUCGUUCACUUAUUAAAUAUACAAUCGAACUAUGCUUAUAUAUAUACGUAAAUUAAUGAAAUAAUACAACAUUUGCUUACCUUGAAAAUGAAGAUAUCUUUGAAUAGAAAAUAGACAUGCUCAUGAAUAUACAUUAAUGUCAUAUACUAUAUAUACGUAAGGUUAACGAAUUAGACAUGUCUGUAAUAUAUACCUUGUGAAUGAAGAAACUAAUAUAAACGGUUUAUAUAUUCGAAAAGGAUAGAAAGAAAAAGAACAAGUGAAGAGCACUUCUCCUUUGUCUUGAUGUUUGCAUUUUGGGUCUCUCUCAGAACCGUUUUAGUCCAUGACCGUUCAACUAACGUUUCUUCACUUGGUUAAGUUAGUUAUAUACAAAGAUACAUUUGUUGUUGGUGUAUUUUGUUUACCACAAACAAUAUAAUAUUGGUCGAUUAAACAUGCAUAUAUAUGUAUAAUUAAAGAGCCUGGACGAGUGUUUUUUUUUGUAUGUUUAAAACAAAGCAACACAUCAUAUAUUAUAUCAUAGAGAUUAAAAAGGAGGAAUGGUUUUCUUACCAGAAUUGUAAGCAAACUAUACAACCUUCCCUUUCAUCACCAUCAUCAUUAUCCCUUCAUCAAGUCUUCUCUCUUUUCUCUCUCUAUUAUAAAAACAAACUUCACUCGUUCACAUCAAUUAAUCGAGCCUCGAGAAAGAUUAAGAGAAAACUCAACAAAAACAAAAUGAGGAAACCAGAGGUAGCAGCAGUUGCAGCCACUCAUCAAGUACAGAAGACGAAGAAGGGACUUUGGUCUCCAGAGGAAGACUCAAAGCUGAUGCAAUAUAUGAUAAGCAAUGGGCAAGGAUGUUGGAGCGAUGUCGCUAAAAACGCAGGCCUUCAGCGAUGCGGCAAAAGCUGCCGUCUUCGUUGGAUCAACUAUCUUCGCCCUGACCUUAAGCGUGGCGCUUUCUCUCCUCAUGAAGAGGAUCUCAUCAUUCGUUUUCAUUCCAUUCUCGGCAACAGGUGGUCUCAGAUUGCAGCACGAUUGCCUGGUCGGACCGACAAUGAGAUCAAGAAUUUUUGGAACUCAACAAUAAAGAAAAGGCUAAAGAAGAUGUCUGAUACAUCCAACCUCGUCAACAACUCAUCCUCAUCACCCAACGCAAGCGAUUCGUCUUCAAAUUCGUCCUCUUCUUUGGAGUUUAAAGACAUUAUAGGAAGCUUCAUGUCCUUUCAAGAACAGGGAUUCAUCAACCCCUCUUUGACCAACAUACCAACAACCAACAAUCUAUUCACAACGCCACACAUGUUCAGCCACUCGUUUAAUGAAGAUUUCACCCCUUGUGUAGAUGGUUUAUAUGGAGUUAACACAGGGCUACAAGGGGAACUCUACCCACCUUUGGAAUGUGAAGAAGGUGAUUGGUACAAGGCAGAAAUUAACAACCAUUUAGACGAUGUGAACACUAAUGGAGCCGGAAACGUGCCAGAGAGUAUGAGAAUGGAAGAAUGUUGGGACCUUGACCAGUUGAUGAACACUGAGGUUCCUUCUUUUUACUUCAACUUCAACUUCAAACAGAACAUAUGAAUUUCUACGCCAUCUUAUUCUUUUUCUGCUGCGGAAUUAUAUAUACUCAAGAUUCUUAGCCACACAUAAAUGCAAAUAUAUAUAUACAUGUUGUAGAUAGAUGAAAAGUUAGAAAGUCUUUUGUAAUGAUUAAUGUAAUACAUAUGAUACAUCUCUUAAUAAAAUAAGCAAUAAACACAUACAAGAUUAAUUAGUAUUAAAAAUUAUUGUCGUUUGCGCAUAUGGUCUGGUCAAUCUUGCACAAAAUACUUACGAAGAGGCUGUAUAACCACCAUGUCAAAGGCAUUAUAGAUUAAGUCGCUAUAACCUUCAAAGUCUUUAUCUCCUGGUGCAAAACAAGUUAGAAGAAAAGCUUUCAAAUCACUUCUGGAAAUAUGUUAGAUGAAUAGUUACAAAAAAUAUAGAUUUUUCAAAAAAAAACAAAAGUUACAAAAAAUAUGUCAGAUGAAA